UAACCCUGCACUAUUGUCCUUUUCCAGACUUUGUGCCAGCUAAAUCUCCCCGAGACAACAUGUCAUGGUCACCGCGGAAUACUUACCUUUCGACGUAGACCAGACAAUUUGGACAAGCAAACUUUUUUGACACCGUCUCUCUUAUGGACUUUGUUUUUCAACUUUCCAGCCAUUUUAUUUCUAGCAGGAGUGUCUUUGAUAUCACUGAACAAGAGCCAGCCUUUGAAUUUGGGUCGCUGUUGGACAUAGCGGCACAGCCAUGGUGCUGAUCCUGGGCCGAAGGCUGAAUCGGGAGGACUCCGGGGUGCGGGACUCCCCAGCAGUGAAGCGCAAGGUGCUUGAGGUGGACCCCAAGAACCUGAGUGGCCAUGACGACACGUACGACUUCUGCUCAGGCGGGCUGCAUGGCGAGGGCAUCCUGCAGGCCUUCAACGAGUUCCGCGACAACCGCCUCUUCACUGAUGUGGUGAUCUGCGUGGAGGGCCGGCAGUUCCACUGCCACCGCGCCGUGCUUUCAGCCUGCAGCAGCUACUUUCGCGCUAUGUUUUGCAAUGACCACCGCGAGAGCCGCGAGAUGUUGGUGGAGAUCAACGGCAUCCUGGCCGAAGCCAUGGAGAACUUCCUGCAGUACGUCUACACAGGCCGCGCCAAGAUCACCACGCAGAACGUGCAGUACCUCUUCGAGACCUCCAGCCUGUUCCAAAUCUUUCCACUACGCGACGCCUGCGCCAAGUUCCUGGAGGACCAGCUUGACCCGUGCAACUGCCUAGGCAUCCGCCGCUUCGCCGACACUCACUCCCUCAAGCACCUGGCCAGCCGCUGCCGCAACUACGUCCUGCAAAACUUCGCUGAUGUGACACAACACGAGGAGUUCCUGGACCUGCGCAAGGAGGAGCUGGAAGAGUACAUCGCCAACGAUGAGCUGACCAUCGGCAAGGAGGAGAUGGUGUUCGAGGCGGCCAUGCGCUGGGUGUACAACAGCACAGCCGAGAGGAAGCUGGUCCUCAAGGACAUGCUCCAGCACGUGCGGCUCCCACUGCUGCACCCCAACUACUUUGUGCAGACGGUGGAGGGAGACCAGCUCAUACAGGUGGACCCUGAAUGCUACCAGCUGCUGCAUGAGGCCCGGCGCUACCACGUGCUGGGCAACGAGAUGAUGUCCCCCAGGACCCGGCCACGCAGGUCAACUGGCUUCUCUGAGGUGAUCGUAGUGGUCGGGGGCUGUGAGAGAGUGGGCGGCUUCAACCUGCCCUACACCGAGUGCUAUGACCCCGUCACGGGCGAGUGGAAGUCUCUGGCCAAGCUGCCCGAGUUCACCAAGUCGGAGUAUGCCGUCUGCGCCCUCAGGAACGAUAUCCUGGUCUCAGGGGGUCGCAUCAACAGCAGGGAUGUGUGGAUGUACAACUCACAGCUCAACCUGUGGAUCCGAGUGGCCUCCCUCAACAAGGGGCGCUGGCGGCACAAGAUGGGCGUCCUCCUGGGCAAGGUGUAUGCUGUAGGAGGCUAUGACGGGCAGUGUCGCCUGAGUAGUGUGGAGUGCUACGACUCCUUCUCCAACCGCUGGACUGAGGUGGCCCCCAUGAAGGAGGCAGUCAGCUCCCCAGCCACCGCCAGCUGUGCGGGCAAGCUCUUCGUCAUCGGGGGAGGGCCCGACGACUUCAACUGUUCUGACAAGGUCCAGUGCUACGACCCGGAGACAGACAGCUGGCUGCUGCGGGCCAACAUCCCCAUUGCCAAGCGCUGCAUCACCGCCGUGUCCCUGAACAACCUCAUCUACGUGGCCGGCGGCCUGACCAAAGCCAUCUACUGCUACGAUCCCACACAGGACUACUGGAUGCACGUGGCCAGCACCUUCAGCAAGCUGGAGAGUUGUGGAAUGUCUGUUUGUAACGGGAAGAUCUUCAUCCUGGGCGGUCGGGGAGAGACGGGCGAGGCCACGGACACCAUCCUGUGCUAUGACCCCGCCUCUGGCAUCAUCACCGGCGUUGCGGCCAUGCCCCGGCCUAUCUCCUACCACGGCUGUGUGACUAUCCACCGCUACAAUGAGAAGUUCCACCGGCCCUGACAAGAGCACUAAAAACAUACACCCAAACACCCAUACAUCACCUAUAUACACACACACAUAAACAUAUGAAAAUGACAUAGGACCCACACAUACUGUAUAUACAUACACAAAAACACAUAUGUCAAGAUACAAUAUUGGACCCACAAACAUGUAUAUAGAAAAGUAUAGAACCCACACAGAGACAUAAACGUACAGAAAUAUUUCCACACGCUUCUUGGAACUCAUUUACAGUUUUUCUAUUCCCAGCUGAUCAGUCACUCUCUCCUACGUGAUUGGCCUGCCUCUGAGUGACCCUCUGAGUGUGCCUCUCCUCUGUAGGAUGGUGCAUAGCACACCAUUACUCGUAGAGGUCAAAGGUCAUGUUUCCCAUAAGCCCGAGACUGAUUGAAACCUUAUCGCCCUCAUAAAGGACCAUGACCUGUUCUAUGGAACAGUGCAAGUAGUGAGGGCUAAUUUCUUCACCUCUCACUCGGGUUUGCUAAUCAAAGAAGCAUCAAGAGAACCAAGCACCAGAGGGUUCCAGUGGGUUCUGGCAGUGGCGUUCCUCAAGGCACUGUUAUUUCUAUGUGGCUUCUAUGUGUGUUUUAUGUGUUGAUUUUAUUAUUUUUUUUAUAUCUUAAGUUAUGUUUUGUAAGCUGUUUUACUACAUGUAGCAUAAUUAGAUAUGGUAUACAUCUGUAGGUGAUAUGUGUACUGACAGUAGUGUAGAGUGUAGGGUAGAGACUGGGUGAGUGGUUGUGUCAUUUAUAUUUCUUUCUGUCGUGGGACACAAGUGAGACCACACACAGGGCUUGCUCUCUGACAUACUGACAGCUUUGAAAUACCAAAAUGAAUUUGGUUAGGUAAUACUGACAGACAAAAGGCUCUUUUAAGAACCUAACUUUCAAGUGCAAACAAGAACUAGAAAGAACUCAACUUGAUUCAAAGUUCCUGUACAAGAACUUUUAGUUUUGACAGAAUCUUGCAACCACAUGGGGCUCUAUUAAGAAGAACAAGGCAUGGAACUGAACUUCCAUGGACUAAAAAUAUGAACCCCAGGGCCUAGGGCCUUCUGCUCAUUUGGGAACAGUAUUCAUCUUAUGUUUUCUGCUGCAGAGAAGCAUAAGCUGUGUGUGUGUUGGAUGUAGCUUGCGGUACCCUACAUACAUACAUUGAGGUGUGUUCAGUAGUGCUUUAGUCUUGGUGUGGGCCUUGUUUGGGUGAUUGAUGAUGUUCUGUUAGUGAGGAUUGAAUGCGUUCUCAAUAACGGUCAGUAAAUGUAUUGCACGUGUAUUGAUGCCGCUGGGAUAGAAUUGUAUUGCUGUGAAACCAUAUUUUUUUGUAUUUAAAUGUAUUUCUUUAUUUCAUUUUAAUACCAAUCGUGCCUUGAUCAAUUUCUUUCAAUAAUUAAGAGCCCCAGUUAUGCACUUGCGUGGAUGGGAAACGAAGAAGAGAUUUCUUUCUUUCAUUUUCUGAAUGUCAUGAUUGGAGAUGCGUAAAGGGCAUUUUAUUUUAUUUCUGAUACUCGAAUGAACGUAUAUAUUGUGUGUGUGUGUGUGUGUGUGUGUACAUGUGUGUACAUGUGUGUACAUGCACAUGUGUAUGCAUAUGACAUGAGGCACAAAAGCCUUCUCACGACCCAACACAACACCAACAGAUGUGAAAGCGUUUACAUCGAUGCACACUCAGGGACAUAACGCCACCACAGGAAUGUCUCAGGCCUGGUUCUAACCGAGGGUGAGUGAGAGCCGGAGGCCCUGAGCACUAAGAUGGAGUUGAAGCCAUAAUUAACCCAGUUUAGCAGCGCCUCAGAUGCCAACCUCCUCUCGUCAUCCACAGAUAGCGACAGGAAUGCUGGCACAGCUCACGGAAAUGUUAGAGCCCCUCUCUCUGAAGACAUCUCACACACACACUCACACACACACACACACACACACACACACACACACA